UCUCUUCUCUUCUGUUGUUCGUUGUUCUGUCUGUGAUUGUGUUUUUACUCUACAAGAUAAUAUCAAUACAAUAUCCUGUUUUAAUAAUUCAAGUUGCCUAGUAGUUUUAGUAAUUAAAAUCACACUUCCUUAUUAUUUCAUACCGAACCGUAAAUUUAAACCAAUCCACCGUAAAAGGCACUCUCAAUACAAACAUAAUUUUACCCUAAAAAAAUUAAUAGGGUUAGGAUAACAGUUAAAAAUUGUUCAGUACUUUUUGUAUGUUCUUAAACUUAUUUUAGUCAAGCGUGCUUACAAAAAUGAAAAAGUUCACCCGUAUUGGUUUAUUAACAACUCAUACGUUUAAAAGUCUAGCUCAAAAUAGAAAAUCAAGUUCCCUGCCAUUGAGUGAAUGUAUUAAUAAAAGAAAUGCCUUAUACAAUGCUGAAGUUAAAAGGCAAAAAGAAAGCAUUGGUAGAAUUGAAAAAAUAAGUGUCUGCUAUGAAGGAGUGCCAAAAAAUGAAUAUUUUGCGAUGAACCGACAAAUGUCCACCCCUUACCAUGUUGCAUUGCAUAUAAAUGAGUUCAUAGCACACAAGUCUGUGCUGGGACUAGUGGAUGGUCAAAGACUCUGGGACAUGCAUCGGCCCCUGGACUCUGAUUGUACAUUGCAGUUCUUGAACUUUGUAGACUCCGAUCCUCACCACUGCAACAAGGCAUAUUGGCGGUCGUGUUCCUUCUUACUGGGAGCCCUCGCAGAAACAUGCUUCAAAGAUAGCAUCCACUGUAACCUGCACAGCUUCCCAUCUCCCAAUGUGAAGAGUGGCAGUUUUGUAUAUGACGUUCAACUGUCUUUGGAUGAUUGGACGCCAAGCAAAGACGAGCUGCGUAUCUUGUCUGCGGAGUUCAGCAAGCUCUGUCGACAACAUCUGCCCUUUCACCGUCUUGAUGUAGAUCCGGAGGUAGCUCUGGAGAUAUUCAGCUACAACCCCUUCAAAUCCUCACAAAUACCUGACAUCGCAAUGAACAGUCCAGGCAACAAAAUCACACUGUACAGAGUUGGAGAUCACGUGGACAUCAGUCGAGGGCCGAUGAUCAACAACACGAAGCAGAUUGGUCGAGCAACCAUCACUGCUGUACAUAAACUUGAGAGUGAACUUGGUCAAAUGUUCAGAUUUCAAGGAGUUUCGAUUCCAGCUGAGUUUAGACUUAACCACUUUGCGUACAACAUACUUGAAGAGAGAGCAAUGAAACUGAAUCAAGCAAGAGUUCCUGGACCUUCAGAGUUUGCCCCUGGACUUCAGUCUGCAGAGAUAGCAUAAAACCAUUAAAGUUUUUAAACCAAUUUGUAAAUGUAUCAUAAAUAAAACGUGUAAAUAGAUAGCCUCUUUUAUCUGAA